CUCAUCAUCAUGUGCUUCGGUCGCUUGAACUCUGGCUUUUACACUGGGGCUAAGAAAUAAAUGUGAGGAAAGCUAAUAUGAUGGACAGAACGUUUUUGUUGUUAAAAUUUCUAACAAAUUGAGUAUCUUUAUUGCUAUUUAUUAUUAAGUUACUAUUUGUAGAUUCGAGGUUUGAGUGCUAUGAAAUAUUGAUUAUUUUUCGUUUGUAUAAUUUGGUCUCUUAAUAAGAAUUGGUAUUUCGAACUCCGUAUCUUUUCUGUGUACUUGAACCAAGCAUCCAUACCGAAGUUACUCUGAAGAAAAACAUUUCCAUGCUAUUUUCCACACUCAGACUGUAAAGCAUUUAAUUAAACAAACUUUGGGCAAAAGUUAUAAACAUUCGCUGGACAGUCGGUUCUAGUUGACCGAAACCAUGGAGUGGUGUUUUCCGUAUAUUUUCAUCUUUACAUUUUUGAGUGCGAUCUAUGUGUUUUUCAAGUGGAAAUUAUCAUUCUGGGAGCGUCGUGAUGUCCCAACUUUACCGCCAAGUAUCCCUUUUGGGAACGUGAAAGGAGUAGGACAAACUCACCACAUGAAAGACCUCAUCGACAAAGUGUAUCGCGCAUUCAAGGACAAGUCUCCCAUAGCUGGAGCUUACUUCGCAGUGAGUCCGGUUCUGAUUAUAACCGACUUAGACCUGGCCAAAAAUAUCCUCAUCAAGGACUUCAAUUACUUCAUCGAUCGACCAAUUUAUUGUAAUGAAGAUGACGAUCCUCUGUCGGGUCAUAUGUUCGCCUUGAAGGGUGAAAAGUGGCGAAAUAUUCGGAGCAAGCUCACACCCACUUUUACUUCAGGAAAAAUGAAAUUUAUGUUUCCCACAAUCGUUGAUGUUGCUGAUAAGUUCAGUGAAAGCCUGAAAAGUGCAGUGAAAACUGAUGGUGUCCUGGAAAUGAAGGACUGGCUGGCACGUUACACCACAGAUGUGAUUGGACGUUGUGCAUUUGGUAUUGAAUGCAGCAGCUUAGAAGAUCCCAAAGUGAAAUUCCGCGAAAUGGGGCAGAAAGCGUUCGAUGAUCCACGACACUCUCAAUUUGUUGAAUCUAUUAUUUGGCAGUUUCCGAAUUUAUGCCGGACAAUGGGUAUCAAAGUGGUUCGCGACGAUGUUACCGAGUUUUUCAUGGGGAUUGUCCGAGAUACAUUGGCGUAUCGAGAGGAGAAUGAUAUUCACAGGAAUGACUUUAUGGAUCUAUUGAUUGAGUUGCAGAAAUCUGAAGGAAAGUUAACAGUUGAGGAAAUUGCUGCUCAAGUUUAUCUGUUUUUCAUUGCUGGUUUCGAAACAUCGUCAACGACACUGUCAUAUGCGCUAUAUGAACUUGCUUUAAAUGAGGAUGUCCAGAACAAAGCUCGUGAGGAAAUUAACGCGGUUUUGGAGAAACAUAAUGGACAGCUUACCUAUGAAGCAAUGAAGGAAAUGCAUUACAUAGAUCAGAUCAUUAGUGAAACUCUUCGAUUGUAUCCACCAGUUGUAGCAAUCUUCCGACAAACUACCGAAAACUACAAGGUCCAUAAUACCAAGUUUGUCAUUGAGAAGGAUAUUUCGGUUUUCAUUCCAGCGUAUUCUAUUCAACGUGAUGAAGAGUAUUUUGAAAAUCCAGAAAUCUUCGAUCCAGGACGAUUUAGUCCAGAAGCAAUGAAAGCUCGCCAUCCAAUGACUUUCUUAUCAUUUGGCGAUGGACCACGUAAUUGUAUCGGAUUAAGGUUUGGACGUAUGCAAUCCAGUAUUGGCUUAAUUACUUUGCUGCAUAAUUUUCGAAUUAAGAAAUGCUCUAAGACAGUCAUUCCUAUGAAAUUCAGUAAUUCGAAAGGUAUAUUAUCGUCAGAGGGUGGGCUCUAUUUGGAAGUGGAAGGUCUGUAAGAUAAAUGUGUGUUUGUUGAGAUAUACAUAUGUUAACAGGAUAGAAUUGUAUUGUUUGUAACUCCAAUAAGAU